GCAGGGUGGGAAGCCGUACUCUGGGCCGCUGUCCCGUUUCUUGGCAAUGCGGGCAUAUAUACCACAGUGAAGAGGAGCCUGUGACAGCGAUUUUGCUGCUCUUAAGUUCUUCGCGCUUGCGGGUGUCAUGAUAUCAUCGCCCCACAGUUCCUGGAUCAUUCCAUCUAGGGCACAUUAAGUACUGUUAGAGCAUUCUAUCCUUGAGUCAUUCUCUCAAUUCCUCUCUGCGCAUCUACUCCCUUUCUUUGCUCCCCCAGGUCCCGAAGCAAAUAGACAUGAACGAGACUUUCGAAAAAAUGCUUAUCUAUACCUACGAAUUCGAGAAGAUGUCAGACUUUCGACCAUCGCUGUCUGAAUAUUGGGCAACUUCCUUUAUUUUGGCCCUGUUCUACCUAAUUUCCAUUUUCAUGGGGCAGAGAUAUAUGAAGAACCGAAAAGCCUUCAAUCUACGAUUGCCUCUAACGAUUUGGUCUUUUACCCUGGCUAUUUUCAGCAUCUUGGGAGCUGUGAGGACGUGGGAAUAUCUAGGAUCUAUAUUGAUGUUGGGGGGGCUGAAGAUUUCCUUGUGCCACAUUGGCUUCAUCAGGAACCCCACUGUACGCUUCUGGGCCUUGCUUUUUGUACUCAGCAAAAUUGUGGAGCUUGGAGACACUGCAUUCAUCAUACUUCGGAAACAGCAGCUCCUGUUCUUGCAUUGGUUCCACCACAGCACGGUGCUAGUGUACACAUGUUUUGCCUACAAGAAUGGUGUGGCAGGUGGUUACUGGUUCAUGACCAUGAACUAUGGAGUGCAUGCCUUCAUGUAUUCUUACUACACAGUGAAGGCCCUGGGUCUGAAACCUCCCCGAUUUCUGCCCAUGAUCAUCACCACUCUGCAGAUCACACAGAUGUUUGUUGGGGCUUCCGUUAGCAUCCUGAGCUUCAUGUGGCGCAAAGAUUGUGACUGCCACACCUCUAAGCAAUACCUCUUCUGGACUUUUGCAAUGUACUUUGCAUAUUUUGCCCUCUUUCUGAACUUCUUUUAUAAGGCCUACUUCAGAACUGCUCGGUUCAAGUCUAAGGUCAAGGCCAAGAGCCAGUGAAGUUAGAGCUAAAGGAGUAAGAGAGCCAACUACCCCCUCUCCCUUGGAAGGGGACCUUUCAUUGAGGGGAAAGCCCUGAGGGGGGGGAUUGGAGAAGAGGAUCAGGCUCUGGGGAGAAUUGUAUGAUCCCCUGGCACUCAAAUGUGUUCCUGGGGAGAUAAGGGAAAUUUACCAAGAUGUGCUCCCUCCUUUUGCAUGGGGUUGAGACUUGAGAAACCCCCUCCCUCCACACAGAAAAAAAGCCCAAUAUUUUGAUAUUUCUGUUUUUAAUGUGAAGGCCAAGGAGAACGUCCCCCUUUCAGGCCCUUGGGUAAUAUGGAGGCUAGAGCUAGCCCUGCUGGAGAGAAGUAGCCCUGGCCUUCCGAAGUUAUUUAUAUUUCUAUAGAGAAAUCUUCAUUCUUCUGCUAUAUUUUUAAAAUUAAACAUCUAAAAGAAAUGUUCCUUCUCUCCCCUACCAGAAGUGCUCCUUUGUAGUGGAACCUGCUUUGCCCAUAUGGAAAGUUUGGCAUGAGAGUUUGGCUGGGAGUAGGAGAGACAUGUGGGCUUCAGCCUAGGAGAGGAUGUGGAAAUACCCCGACACAAUUGUAUGAACAAUUAUAUACAGAUGUACAUAGAAACACAGACAAACCUACAGAUGCUGAUGACUCUUAGCAACUAGUGAUGACUGUGCACAACACAGAAGCAGUGGCUAAGAUGGAGCCUAUCAGAGAAAACACUGGCCAUGAGAACAGGAGCUCAUGUGUGCAAACACACAAACAUAAACACUCCUAGGGACAUACAAACACAGAACAGAACUAGAUAACAGUCACUUAAGAAAUGUUCUUUAUAGACUCAUAGAAUGUUAGGAGUAGAAGGUAAAAUGAGAGAGUGGUACUAGAUGAGGAAAUGAGUCCAGAGAAGGGAGUGACUUGGAGAAAGUAAUUCAUCAAAUUAGUGACCAAUCCAGGACUGGGGACCUGGAUCUUCUGCUUCCCGGUCCUUCAGCCUCUUUCCACUGCACCACACUCCCUCGGUUUAUGAUGAGGUGACACAC